GAUCGGCAAAGCCAACUUCCAAAAAUCAUUGUGUAUGUGUGUAGUAUUGUAGUUAUUUAGUUUAGGCUCUGUAAGCUGCAAGUGAACAAAAGUUACAGUUGUUAAUGUUUGGUUCCUGCUUCUUAUUGUUUUAAUUCUGCAUCACUACAUGUUUGAACAAGUAUGACAGGAAUGGAUGAUGAUAAUAACGAUCUCCUAAAUAAAAUGCCAUGCUGGUAUUUUGAGAGGAGAGAGAUAAAAAAUUCUCCAUCUUUUAGAGAUGGUAUUGACACAGCAACAGAGAACAGAUAUCGGAGAGAGGGUGCACGAUUCAUUAUUGAUGCUGGUACAAAAAUGGGGCUCCGUUAUGAUACAUGUGCCACUGGAGUUGUGUAUUUCCAUAGAUUCUACAUGUUUCAUUCCUUCAAAGAAUUUUUUCGUUAUGUGACUGCAGCUUGUUGUUUGUUUUUGGCUGGUAAAGUUGAAGAGACUCCCAAAAAAUGCAAGGACAUCAUAAAAAUAGCUCAGGCUCUGCUAUCUCCAGCAUCCUUCAACAGAUUUGGAGAAGAUCCAAGAGAGGAAGUGAUUACAAUGGAGAGAAUUUUAUUGAAAACCAUCAAGUUUGAUUUACAAGUAGAUCAUCCUUACAGUUGCAUGCUGAAGUUUGCAAAGCUCUUUAAAGAUUCAGUUACUUUGAGACAACCUCUGUCAGGAUACAAGACAGAAUCAGGAGUUCACUCACGUGAUAAGGAAAAGACACAGAAGAUGGCACAGAUGGCUUGGACAUUUAUUAAUGAUAGCCUGUGUACAACCCUGUGCCUCCAGUGGGAGCCUGAGAUUGUAGCUGUUUCUUUGAUGUACCUGGCAUCACGGCUGACCAAGUUUGAGCCCACUGACUGGUCAAGUAGGUCCAGCAGCAGGGCCAAGUGGUGGGAGGACUUUAUUGAAGGGAUGUCAAUGGAAUUGAUGGAAGAUAUUUGUCACCAAGUGCUGGAUCUGUACUCAUCAAAACAGAAGAAAAUUGAGGCUGACUCCCCACCCCAGAGUCCUGCUAAAGGUGGCAAAGUACAGUCUUCACCACCCCCUCCUCCCCCUGACAGAACACCUGGGAAACGAAGUAGAGAGGAUACACCAUCUGAGUCAGAGCCUGCUGCCAAGUCAGUUAAGAUGGAGAAAGAUGUGAAGCCAGCAACUUCAACACAAAGUAGUUCAUCAAAUAUGACAGGUGCACCAAUACCAGUGGCUCAGCAUAUUACUCCAUCUGGCAACCAUUCAAGCUACAACUCAGGUGAACAGAGUGGCAUCGAGUUCUCUUCCUACAACCCAUACAUUUCAUCCCAGAUGUACACCUCAUCCUUCAUGUCCCAGGAGGGCUCCCAGAAUAUUCAGUCCAUUCUCGCGGGCAAUGCUCCCCCACCCCAGCCUGUGGCACCGUCUUACCCAGAGCACCACUCCCAUCACCCGCCACCUCCAGAUGCAUCCCAGUAUCCUCCUGUGCCACCAUCAGAUUUGUCCUAUGGCUACCCACCCCCGGCAUCCCAGUAUGUACCAUCCCCAUUACCACCCCCUCAUUCGUAUCCACCCCCACCAACAAGCGCACCACCGUAUGAUCCAUACUCUGUUCAGCCUUCCUCGUCUUAUCCCCCCUCGUACCCACCACCUCCGGUAAACCAGCCUCCCCCACAGCACCCUUACCCACCGCCUCCCCCACAGUCUUAUGGUAAUUACUACCCACCUGUCAACCAAUCCUCCGGUCAUGUUCCUCCAGCCCCACCCCCACAGCAUGGCCCACCUCCCAGAAUGCCAAACUAUCCCCAGCCACCCUACCAGCCUCCCCCUCAGCACCAUUCUGGGCCCCAGAACUAUGGACAACCACCCCGUCACCGUGGUAACUACCACAACAAACAUGGCAAACACAAUCAGUCGCAGCGCAAAGAUAUUCCUGCACUUACUGAAAUCAAAAUUAGUGGUCGUCCUGAUUGGUCACAUCCUAAGUAAAGACUGCGUUAGUUAAUGGACAUAUUUUUAACGGUCUAAUUUACAAAUCAAGACAACUUUUAGUCAAGAUUCAUAACAUUUUCUCUGUUGUCAAACGUCUGCAGUGAUGCACUUGUUUUUGUAUACUAGACUGAAAUUGUCUGAAGCAGUCUAAGAUGUUGAAUGUUGAUACACAAGUUGUACAUAUGAAAGUUGCUGUCAUACAAAAAUGUUUUUGAUUCACU